AUGAAGGCAUGUCAAUUGCGUCUUUCUUUCCUCUUUGCUCUGUCAGCGCUUCGGAUGGGACGCGUGUCAAGAACACGUUUGCCGAUAACUCCUCCCGCGAAUUUGGCUACAUUUCACCCGGCCAUUGCAAGUUCGUGGAUGACUGCGGCGUCGAACAAAUUACUGCAGCCGCAACAUGUUCUUCCAACGAGCCGCAAACUUGCCUGGUGGCGUUGCCCUCACUGUGGCCACGAACACCACAAGCGGAUUGAUCUUCAUGUGGCUGCAGGUGGGGUUUGCCCAAGAUGUCACCGCAUGCCUACACUGCUGCACCCAAGCGACGCAUCCAGUGCCGUAUUAGCUAUACCGCUUGUGAAGCACCGCUGCCGCCCUGACAACAGUCUGUCUGUGUUGGCUGCUGCUAAUGCAAACCGAGUCAAGAGCAGUAUUGCGGAUGAUGGCUACCUUCGUGUGGUGGAGACUCGCAACCUGCAGCCGAUGCUUGCGCGGAACUUUGAAAAGGAGAGCGACACGAUAGAUGAUGACGCUGUUCUUUUCGUCUCCCCCAAGCUUGAUGGGGUACGCUGUAUUGUUGCGUGGAAUGUGCGGGAACGGCGACCAUGUUUUUUCAGUCGUUCGGGCACCCUCUUUGAAUGUUGUGAUCAUCGUAUUGAACCGGGGCUGCGUCCACUGUUUGAGAAGGAUCCAAAUCUUGUACUGGAUGGAGAGUUGUAUAAUCACAAUGUGGACGACUUUGAGCAACUCAUAUCAGCCAUCCGCACCACGCGGGAUCGACGCACGCCGGCUAUUGCAAAGCUUCAGGAACAACUCCAGUACCACGCCUUUGAUAUCAUGUACGCGAGUAAGUUUCCGGAUAUGUCAGUUGUACCUUUUUCAGAAAGGCACAAGCACCUCGGUAGAUUGAUUCAUGGCCUUGCUUCAUCCAAGGGACAAGUUCAAGAGAAGGCGGUGGUGUUGGUGCCUGCUGCUCAAGUUAAAAAGGCUGACAUACCACGUCUCCUUCGCUUGUCACUGGCAGAUGGCUACGAGGGCAUCAUUGUACGCCGUGACGGUGUUGUUAGUGCAAGAGGAGAAAACAAUUGUAGUCGCUCCGGUACUUCUAGAGGUGUGAACAAAAGUUCUAGCAGAGGGGUGGUAGUUGGAUACGCCUAUGGCGCCCGAUCCCCGAAUCUUCUCAAGUACAAAGUCAUGCAGGAUGAUGAAUACGUCAUUGUAUCCGGGGUAGAAGGGCGCGGCAAGUGGAAGGGUUGCCUUGGUGCCUUUGUUUGCCGUACGAAAAGAGGCCACCAAUUCACCGUCGCCCCCGCCACAACAGAACAGAGGAAGAAGGAUAUGUGGCAACGUCUUGCACAGUACAAGGGGAAGAUGCUUACGGUGCAGUAUCAAGAGCUGUCAGCGAAUGGAGUUCCACGCUUCCCCAUUGGCAAAUGUGUGCGGGGUGCAAAGAACGGUAAGGACUGGAUAUGA